ACCGAACGAAUCGACUCAUUUCACUCGAUCUUCAAGCCAAGCUGCAAAAAUGAAACUUUUCAUCGCAUUGUGUGCCCUGCUGGCCGUCGCCGUUGCCUACGACUAUCACCAGGCGGCGAAUAGUUACAUUCCGAUUCUGCACAGUGAAUCCUAUCACGGGCAUGACGGAAGCUUCAGGCAUGGAUACGAAACGGCAAACGGAAUUUCGGUCCAGGAACAGGGUUACGUGAAGAACGCCGGAGCGGGCAAGGAUCACGAAUCGAAUGUCGUCCAGGGAUCGUACUCGUACGUGAACCCACACGGUGAGCAGGUUUCCGUGAGUUACACCGCCGACGAGAAUGGUUUCCGUGCUCACGGAUCGCACAUCCCGACGCCACCACCAAUACCGAAGGCUCUGGUGGAAGCUUACGCUAAAGCUGGUGCCUCUCUGCUGGGAGGACACGGGGAUGUGGUGUACAGUAAACCUCUGCCGUUAGCCUACAGUCACUAUGGGUAGAUUGUGAUCUGCUUCUCGGGAUAUGUUCCACUUGUGUCGGAAGAUAGUUUUAGUGUUCUAAAGUAAAAGACUGCCCCAAACUCCGUACGUUCUCAAUGUGAUAUCACUUCGUCGGGCUCAAUGGCUCGUUCGAACAGAUUCGAAUUGUUUUAUAGAUUUUUGUGGAAAUAUACUGUCAACUAUU